AACAAGAAACAGCAAUGCUUACAUCAUUCUGGGAAUUAUGUGGCCUUACAUGUAAUAAUUGUUAUCUUAGAUGUUUAAACAAUAGAGAUCACGAAGGAGAACAUGACUGUUUGACAAAUCAUGAAUGUCACGCCAAUUGCCAAUUUGUCGAUGCACACACUAACGAAAAUCUUAUUCCAAAAUGUAACUACAAAGCUGGUCAUGAAGGCAUGCAUGCGUGCUCUGGUGCCAAUCACCUAUGCGGAAAGCCUUGUUGUUUUUCGGAUAAACAAAACUGUCAGAUAAAAUGCUCAAAGAAAAUUGGUCAUGAAGAUGAAAAUCAUCUGUGUCAAUCUACACACCACUAUUGUGGAGCUCCAUGUUCGCUAGUUACGCAAAAUGGUGGAUACAGAUGCCCUAACAAAUGUUUCAUACCGUGCGAAGAACAACAUGAUAAACAUCGGUGUGAGAUCGGAACAUGUCCAAUUCAAUGUCCAGUUAAUGGUUGCCAGUGGCAUUGUAAAAGCAAAGACCACUUUCAUGCUCUCUCAGACCCUGCGGUGAAUCAUUUUUGUGGAAAAGAACAUCAGUGUAAGGAAUUAUGUAAAGAACCUGGAGUAUGCAGAAUUCAACUUGAACCAAAAAAGCAAGAAGAAACUUAUCAAGGACUUGUUAAAGAUACUUCAAUCACCUUUACUAAAUAUAUUCAAAUAAGUGAAAGUCUACCAUGUAGCAAAAAAAUUCCACCGGAUUCAUUUAAACAUGCUGGCAUACAUUCUCAUGGGGGUAUGCAUUAUUGUGAUGUAAAAUGCAAAUUUUGUGAAUACUAUUGUGAUUUACCCUUUGGACAUUCACAACGCUUACACGAUACACGUCAUGGAAACAUGAUGCAAACUGAAUUUACUACAGAAGAGAAUGAUAAUGAAUUUUUAUAUGGAGGGCAUAGAUUAAAAGCCGGUGAUGAAGGGACCUUUGUAUUGUGUCGCAUUCAUCCUAAUCCUGAGAAAGCAAAAGACUUCAUGUCCCAUCGACUAUUUUGGGAACGUACUGGUUUUAAGGAUCCAUACAGCGCUCAAGAGCAGCAAGAAUUUUCCAAAUGUGAUCAUGAAUGUCGAGACGAAAAGCACAAUACGAGUGACAAUCCUUCUAAAUCAUAUUGUGAAAUGCCACUUUUCCAUGAUCUCCUUGAUCCAUCGAAAACUCCACCAAAUGAAUGUGGAUAUAUUUCACUUGAUGGUCACCAUUUCAAUUGCGAAAAUCCAUCAAAGUAUGAAGUUGACUUUCAUAUAAUUUUUGUCCUGGACCGAUCUUCUUCAAUGCAAGGAACAGACAAAAGACCCAUACAGGGAACACCAAUUUAUAACGAUCUUGUUAAACGUCAUAAUAACCGACUUGGUGCUGUUUAUAAUGCGGCAUAUUCAUUUAUGAAGGCGCGCCUGUCUUCGCAAGCUGCUCAAUAUAAUGAGACAGUUUGCCGAGAUACAGUUUCUUUGAUACUUUUUGAUUUUGAAGCAAUAAUUGCUAUAGAAAAUCAGCCUUUGAACGAUCCCGAAAGUCUCCUCCGUAUAAUGCUUCAACACAAUUCAAGGGUAGGAACAAAUUUUAAUGCCGCAAUUCUUAAGGCCGGUCAUAUAAUCGAAAAAUAUUUUAAUCCUAUGAAGACAAAUAUUGUCUUGUUCUGUUCAGAUGGAGAGUGCGGAGUACCCAAAGACGAGUUAAACAAAAUUUGCUCAAAGAAUCAAAAAAAAGGAUCACCAAUAUUUUUGAACACGAUUUUAUUCAGUAGUAGUAUAAAUUGCCAAUCAUUACAGCUAAUGGCAAAUAUAGCACAAAGUUAUCUUCCCAAAGAAACCUCUUCGAGUGCAUUAAAAUGUCAAUUUACAAGAGCUAUUGAUGAGAUAGUUUUAGUUAAUACUUUUAGUGGUAUCGCGGAAAGUUUGAGGAAACAUAAGCCAACUCUCAUAAAAAAAGAUAUUUUGUAA